AUGAUUGCAAAUUUGAGUGAUUUUGCUACUGACCACCGAGAAAACAGGUACAAGUGCGAUGACGAGAGAAAAGUAUCCGAUGGCCAGUUGACGCCAGUGCUGCUCGUGUCAGCGCUAAUCAGUGCAGGGCGUCCAAAGCAGCAGCGAGAGUUCCAAGCCGCGCUCUGGCCCCAUACUAUGCCUGGAAUCUCGCCUAAGUGGUUGAAAAAGAGUCAUUCGCAAAUUUACCGCCCGUGUCCCACCCGCCCGCCAGCUACACAGCCAAUGAUGAGCAGCAUGUCUCUCCCUGCGAGCGCGACGGCGCCUAGCACUUUUAGUGUGAUGCACCCACUGCAUUGUGGUCCAGUGGCCUUUCGUCAGCAACACCAAUUUUCGGCCGUCAAUACGUUCGUGAGGACGCCCACAACAAUGUCUCUUUCGCAAUUAGCCUCGCCCACCAUGACCCCGAGAAAGAGUCGAACGCAGCCCAUGGCCAGUCCCAACAAGAAGGCGCGCAAGAGCCGCGUCGUCUUCGACUUCACCACGGAGGAAAUGGCCCAAUACUUUCAUAUGUCACAACGUGAGGCCGCGCAACAACUUGGAGUUGCCACAGUUACCAUCAAGCGCAAUUGCCGGCGCCUCGGCAUUGUGUGGCCCUACCGUCUCAUGAAGUCCAAAAAACACGCCAUCAACUGGUCGGCCAUUUCACGCGAGGAUGCACUGCGGAUUCGCCAAGAGCGUGCUCUGGAACAAGCCAAGGCUGGUCGAUCUCCGUCGAGUCGUAGCAACAGCUGCAAUCGUAGUCCAUCAGCAUUUCGUUUGAAUACUGCUUCUGAUGACAAGGCUGCUGCCAAGGUCAUGACCAUGCUAAGUCACUGCAGCAACGUUGAGCUGACAGAGGCUGGUCUUGCAUUUGCACGGUUGCCGCUGGAUUGCAUGGACACUUUGGAAUAG